UCCUGCAUCCUCCUAACUGAGCCCGUCAUCGGGCACCCAAAACUCCUUUCCCAUCAGGCUUUCGGCCCACGUCCACCGAGUUCUCUGCACGCGAGGCCCAGCGGGAUAAAAAAAGCAAAGAACGGGUGUACCCCUGAAUUUUGGAGGAAUAGAAACUACAAUUCCCAGAGGGCUGUGCGGUCCAGAGUCACCCGAGGCCCUCCGAGGGGCUCAGUUAGUUUCAGCGCUUUGGGGUCUGCCCCAGCCGGAUGUAGUGUACUGCCCUGGCGGGAUGGGCGGCCCAGUGGGGGUCGUGCCUCCUGGAGCCGCCCCUAGGACGUGAGUCCUGGAGGAGGCAAGGGUUGCUUCAGUUGUUGUGAAGACUAUGAACAGGUCAGAGAACUUGUUUUUUACUGGCUCCUCAUUAGCAUCCCAGGUUCAUGCUGCUGCUAUUAAUGGAGAUAAGAGUGCUCUUCACAGGCUCAUCAUAGGAAACGCUGCCCUUAAAGACAAAGAGGAUCAGUUUGGGAGAACACCCCUUAUGUACUGUGUGUUGGCUGACAGGCUGGACUGUGCAGAUGCCCUCCUGAAGGCGGGCGCGGAUGUUAAUAAAACUGACCACAGCCGGAGAACAGCCCUGCAUCUUGCAGCUCAAAAGGGAAAUUAUCGUUUCAUGAAGCUCUUACUGACACGUAGAGCAAACUGGAUGCAGAAGGAUCUGGAGGAGAUGACUCCUUUGCACUUGACCACCCGGCACAAGAGCCCUAAGUGUUUAGCACUUCUGCUGAAGUUCAUGGCUCCAGGAGAAGUGGACACACAGGAUAAAAACAAGCAAACAGCUCUGCACUGGAGUGCCUACUACAACAACCCCGAGCAUGUGAAGCUGCUCAUCAAGCAUGACUCCAACAUCGGGAUCCCCGAUGUCGAAGGCAAAAUCCCACUUCACUGGGCAGCCAACCACAAAGAUCCGAGCGCUGUUCACACAGUGCGGUGCAUUCUGGAUGCUGCUCCAACGGAGUCCUUACUGAACUGGCAAGACUAUGAGGGCCGAACACCUCUUCACUUUGCAGUCGCCGAUGGGAACGUGACGGUGGUUGAUGUCUUGACCUCGUAUGAAAGCUGCAAUAUCACGUCUUACGAUAACCUGUUUCGAACCCCACUUCACUGGGCGGCUUUACUAGGCCAUGCACAGAUUGUCCAUCUCCUUUUAGAAAGAAAUAAAUCUGGAACCAUCCCCUCUGACAGCCAAGGAGCGACUCCCUUGCACUAUGCAGCGCAGAGUAACUUUGCUGAAACGGUUAAAGUCUUUUUAGAACAUCCUUCUGUGAAAGAUGAUUCAGACCUUGAAGGAAGAACAUCCUUUAUGUGGGCUGCUGGGAAAGGCAGUGAUGACGUCCUUAGGACUAUGCUGAGUUUAAAGUCUGACAUUGACAUCAACAUGGCAGACAAAUACGGAGGCACAGCUUUACAUGCUGCUGCCCUUUCUGGCCAUGUCAGCACCGUGAAGUUGUUAUUGGAAAAUAACGCUCAAGUAGAUGCUACUGAUGUCAUGAAACACACUCCACUUUUCCGAGCCUGUGAGAUGGGACACAAAGAUGUGAUUCAGACACUUAUUAAAGGUGGCGCAAGGGUAGAUCUAGUUGACCAAGAUGGACAUUCUCUUCUACACUGGGCAGCGCUGGGAGGAAAUGCUGAUGUGUGCCAGAUAUUGAUAGAAAAUAAGAUCAACCCAAAUGUGCAAGAUUACGCAGGAAGAACCCCUUUGCAGUGCGCUGCGUAUGGGGGAUACAUCAACUGCAUGGCAGUGCUCAUGGAGAAUAAUGCCGACCCUAACAUUCAAGACAAAGAGGGAAGAACAGCUUUGCACUGGUCCUGUAACAAUGGGUACCUGGACGCCAUCAAACUACUGCUAGACUUCGCUGCUUUUCCUAAUCAGAUGGAAAACAAUGAAGAGAGGUACACUCCCCUUGACUACGCCUUGCUCGGCGAGCGCCACGAGGUGAUCCAGUUCCUGUUGGAGCGCGGCGCCCUGUCCAUCGCGGCCAUACAGGACAUCGCCGCCUUCAAAAUCCAGGCUGUCUACAAAGGCUACAAGGUCAGGAAAGCCUUCCGAGAUCGGAAGAAUCUCCUCAUGAAGCACGAGCAGCUGAGAAAAGAUGCUGCUGCCAAGAAGCGAGAGGAAGAAAACAAGCGAAGAGAAGCAGAACAGCAGAAGGGAAGGCUGAGUCCCGACUCCUGCAGGCCCCGAGCCCUUCCCUGUCUGCCCAGCACCCAGGCCAAGCCCUACGGGCAGAAUGGGGGCCCCAGCACCCCGCCUCCCACCGGUGACGCAGCCCAGAGCCCUGAGCAGAGAACCUGCAGAGGGUCUCCAGGCAGAGGGUCUUCAAGCAAAGCCCCCCAGAAGGAGCAGCAUCUUUCCCCAGGCUUGCAGGGACCAGACCCCAGAAAGCCAAACGAAACAUCCAGAGAGCAUCCUAAAGGCCGAUCCGCUGGUGUCCACUUCAGCCCCAGUGAAGGCGCUGAUGGAAACAGGUGCCUGGGAGUCCCCUCUGUUGACAAGUCCAGAGGCGAGACUGUCGGCCCCCAGCGCUGUGACAGGGGGAAGAGCUUCUCCAAGCAGCCCCCCUGCAUCACGGUGGCUGGGCCUGAUGGGAAAGGAGAGGACCCCGGCUGGGCAGCCACAGGCCUUCCACAGCAGGACGGUCACCGGAAGUCCAGCAGGUGGCACGACGCAGCACCCAAGGCCAAAUGUACCUCCCAGCAAAGGCGCAUGCAAGAGCUCAGAGGAGGAAGGUGCUCGCCAGCCGGUUCCAGCCGGCCUGGCAGCGCCAAGGGGGAGGUGCUCUAUGCUGGGCAGAGUCCCCUCCACCAUCGGACACCAAGAAACAAGGUCACUCAGGACAAGCUUGAAGGAGACAGCCUCUCCGAUUUGCCACAGGGGACGGAGGUGCUGAGGUCAGGGGUCAGGAAGUUGGGCAUAUCCACCCCGUCUGAGGCUGCUCAGACGUCUAAGGAGACUCAUCCAGCCCCCGGCGCCCUUGCUGGGCAGAGCGUGAAUAUUGACCUGCUCCCCGUAGAGCUGCGGCUCCAGAUAAUCCAGAGAGAAAGAAGCAGGAAAGAGCUGUUCCGGAAAAAGAACAGGGCGGCGGCAGUCAUCCAGCGGGCCUGGAGAAGCUACCAGCUCAGGAAGCACCUGUCCCACCUUCUGCACAUGAAGCAGCACGGAGCCAGAAAUGUGGACAGAUGGGGCCGAGAGUGCAUGGCACUGCUCCUCCAGGUUUGGAGGAAGGAACUGCAACUAAAACCCCCCAAGACCAUUGCAGUAAGCAGGGCCGCCAAGAACCCAUCCAAGAGCAGCUCAGGCACAAGGUCCACCAGACACUCGGUGCUCAAGCAAAUCUACGGUUGCUCUCAAGAAGGCAAAGUCCGUCAUCCCACAAGACCUUCAAAAGCCCAGUCCGUGCUGCAUCUCAACUCAGUGAGCAGCUUGCAGUGUAUACAGCUCCUUGAGAACAGUGGAAGAUCUAAGAAUUUUUCUUACAACUUGCAACCAGCCACUCAAUCAAAAAAGAAGACAAAGCCCCGACUGCCUGGGGAGGAAGACCGCGUCCGGGGUAACUGGAACCGCUAG